CAGAUAAAUUUUCAUUGAUUCAUUCACAUAGUACGAUGAGUUGUAUCAGUAAAAAAAAGAAUAAAACUGAAUGACAAUACAUCUGAUUGCAUCAAAUGAAACGUGGCAAUGGAUUACUGACCUACCCAAUUGUGUCAUUUGCUUCACUUCCUUAUCGUAACAUUGAUGUUUCAGCAGUCAGCUAGUAGUGAUAAAGAUAAUCACUUUCCGUCUUCAAAAAUAACUGCAUCAAUUGCACCAAUUCGUCAACCUUCUCCAACAACGCUCUCAUCUCAUCCUCUCCCACAGGAUUCACCACAAAACUUCAAUAACAAACAUCCUCAACCAGGUGACGAUAUAUUUAUGAUGAGCGCGAAAGAAGCUCGUUCGAUGCUAGCGCAUCGUAAGAAGGAUCCAAGACGUGAUAGGCAAAUGACACUUGAUGAGAAAUACAGACUCAUAACGAAUAUGUGAUGGCUGAUUGAAAGCCAAUUAAUGCGUCCAAUGUGAUAAUUCAAAUAUGUCGAGUAUUGUCGAUGUAAAACCUCAUCUUUUGCUUCAUAUUAGCUCAGCCGUCGCAUUGUUCAGUCUAUAAUAUAAUAUAUCAUAAAAUAUAAUAUAACAUAAUAUAAUACUGUUUCUACGUAUUU